CCAACUUGCUCAUGUUUCUCUGUUACCACACUCAGUCCCAGGAUCCCACUAGACAUAUCUGGUUUACAUAUCUGGUUUCAUCUCAAAACAGAGCCCAUUGUUCCCUACAAUGAUAUUUAACACUACAACAAAACAAUAUGUCUUUUGUAAUGCCUCAGGACCUGGGAUUAUCUCCCAGUUAUGCAUUAUAUUAUAAAGCUGGAUGAGGCAGGCUGGCUGGGUCGGUCCAAGUGCUACCACAGGAGAGGGGGACGGGCUUCCCAGUCACUCACUAGCUGUUCUUCAGCCAGGACAGAGAGAGGGACAGAGAAAGGAGCAGAAAGAGUGCGAGGAGUGUAAGCAACGACGACUGACACUGAAGAUGGUGCUCCUGACUGCCAAAAUCAUGGAGAGGACUGCGCUCUUUGUGAUAUUCGGGGGUCUGGUCACUACUCUGGUCACCACCUUCAUUCCCCUGUGGAAGACCUUGAACUCAGAGCUGAACGAAGUGGAGAACUGGUACUCAGGCCUGUGGCACAUCUGCAUCUUUGCCGAGGAGGUUGGGAUGCAAUGUAAAGCCUUUGAAUCCCUCAUGGCCCUGCCCAUGGACUUGCUGGCUUCCCGGGUGCUCAUGCUGGUGUCUGUGGGUACUGGGGCCCUAGCCGUGGUGGUGGCCUUCCCGGGCCUGGAGGGGGUGGAACUGGGCUCUGGGAGGCAGCAAGGGUUAAAGAGGGGCCUCCUCAUUGUCAGUGGGGUGCUGUCCUGGGUGUCGGGGCUCACAACACUGGCCCCCGUCUCCCUGGUGGCCUACGUGACCCUGGUGGAGUUCUGGGACGAGAACCUGCCUGACGUCGUUCCACGCUGGGAGUAUGGCGAGGCCAUGUUCUCCGGCUGGUUUGCGGGUCUCUUCCUGGUCAUUGGAGGCUCUCUUUUCUUUGUGUCUGUGUGCAUGGCGGAUCAUGACAGGCAGCAGCAAGUGGCCAGCCUCCCAAACACCCCCCAGGAGAAGCCAAGGAGUCAGUACUACUUAAAGACAGAGGUUUUAUAGUCUCAUUUUCACUUAAUGAAUGGUGGUAGCUAAGAAUGCCUAGUUUGAAGGAGAAUGAUAAAGUUGAAUUCAGACUGCAACUGCCUGGGUUUAUUUUGAGAUAUGGAAGGUCACAUUUGAAAUGUUUGAAAGAUAUAUUUGCAUAUUUCAAUGUUGUUGAACAUGGAUAAAGUGCUGUAUUUCCGAUGGAAAAGUGCAAUGAAAACCUUUUGUCUGUAUCUUGUUUGCAGCCUCUCUUUUAUUAAUUACAUGAGACUCUGGUCAUUGUAAUUUGAGUGCCUACUUUGUUCCUGCACAGUAUGUCUUGUCUCUUGAUAUGCAUCGUGCUUCUACACCUGCAUUGCUUGCUGUUUGGGGUUUUAGGCUGGGUUUCUGUACAGCACUUUGAGAUAUCAGCUGAUGUACG